AUGCGCAGGUACUGGGCGGUGACGAACAUCGACUACAUCCACCAGCGCACCGCGCGGCGCAUCGGCCUGAUGAUCCUGGUGGUGUGGCUGGUGGCGAUCCUGGUGUCGAUGGCGCCAAUGUUCGGCUGGAAGGACGACGGCUGGGAGUCCCGCAUCCUCAACGAGCAGCGCUGCCUGGUGUCGCAGGACCUGAGCUACCAGAUCUUCGCCACCACGUCUUCCUUCUACCUGCCGCUGUUCGUCAUCCUCGUGCUGUACUGGCGCAUCUUCCAGACGGCGCGCAAGCGCAUCCGCCGGCGCGUCACCGCCUCUGCGGCUAAAGGAAUACAUAAGCCUACUUAA